ACACCGACGGUGAUGACAGAGGAAGCACUGCCCUGCGCUCAGGAGGAGCGCGGGUGCUUUCUCGGCCAGUGUUGCUGCUCUCACAGCCAGCAGCAAUUAGUGAUCAGAGGACACCUCUGGUCAUGUGCAAGGAGCACUGCUCGUCGUGCCUGCACAGCACUCCACGGCUGGGCUGGAGGAACUCACUCUCUCCAAGGACAGCAGGAGAACAGGACCUGUACAUUUUGAUACGCUCAAAAUGAACCGCAGCAGCUGCAAUAUCACAGCCUAUGAAAUAUUUUCACUUGUCCAGCUGUGUGUUUACAUCCCAGUUUUGGUUUUGGGCAUUGUGCUGAACGUGUUGGCGCUGUGGGUGUUCUGCUGCAAACUCGGCAAAUGGACAGAAACCAGAGUAUACAUGGUCAACUUGGCUGUGGCUGACUGCUUGCUGCUCUUCACCUUGCCAUUUAAAACUCUCUCUCAGUUCCAGCACCUGAAGGUCGAUGGGUGGUGCCUGGUUCUGGAAGGUUGCUAUUUCAUAAAUCGCUUUAUAAGCAUCAGUAUCAUCACCAUCAUUGCCACUGACAGGUACCUUGCAAUCAAGUACCCCUUGAGAUCCAAGGCACUGAGGUCACCACUGAAGGCAGCUUUUGUCUCUGGUUUGCUUUGGAUGGUCAUCAUCUGUGAGACUUCCCUCAUUAAAAGGUUUGAGGACCGAAGAGAAGAUGAGUUUUGCUUUGAGAAAUCUUCUGUGACGCCCUCAGUGAUCACACUGUGUACCAUUAUCACAGGGUUUUUCAUACCACUGCUCAUCCUGAGUUACUGCUCCAUACACAUCAUUGCAGAGCUCAGGAGGAAGAAGAACGAAAACAAUCACAAUGCAAAGCUAACCAGGAAAGCUGUCUACAUUGUGUCUGCAAACAUGGCUGUGUUCAUCAUAUGCUUUUUACCUCUUUACCUCGGGCAUCUCCUCCGCUUCAUCGUGGACUCCGUCAGCUCCAACUGCUCGGCAAUACAGAGCAUUAACAACUUUGUUCACUUCGCCUCCAUCCUCGCCAACACCAACUGCUGCCUGGAUGCCAUCUGUUACUACUUUGUCAACAAGGAAUUUAAGGAAGCAUCUUCCAAGCUAGCAAAGUCCAAAUCUGAGGCCAGUGAAGAAGCUAAAAUUCAUCUCCCACACGUAACACAUUAACACAAAACACAUACAGCAUGUAUUUUAUAUUUGCCCUGUUCAACUGGGCUCACUAGCAGGGUUUCACACUUGAUUUUUCAGAAGAGUGGGAUGGAGGGACAUUCUACUAAUGGGAAACAUUCAGAUACACGAUUCAGCUCUGAAUCAGACAACCACAGCAGUCCAGAUCCUGAUCUAAUGAUCUCGCUUGCUGCUGACAAUUCUCUGCCUUAAUGCAAAUUUGCAUAAAAUGAUAGAUUUCCCCUGCCAAAAAUCCCCUAUCUUUCAUUUUCCCAUGAAACCCAAAAGAAGCAGAGGCUGUGUAAAGGUAAAGGAUUGGGUUUUGUCUCUCAUCCCCGCUUUGGAUCAGUGUUUGUGCAGCUGUGGCUAAGAAAUAGGCUAUUCCAAAUAUCAACAAAUUAAAAAAAAUCAGAGUGAAAUCAUGCAGAAAAAGAAAGGAUGGUGUUUCUAGAAGUCACAAACAUACUGGUUUUUAGUUGCUAAUAAUGCACAAUCCCAUAACAGCAUAUUUAGCUGCUUGAAAGAACUUUACAGCAAUGUAACAGCUACAAAAAGGUCACCAUUACAAAACAAGGUCAGAAGAAAUUGCAAUUGCUUGUACUGGGGAAAAAGUUUUCAUCAAAAAGGUUUGAGUCAAAUGGCAUUAAAAUCAAAUAAAAAAGUUGGUGCAGGGCAGUGGGAAUGAGGACUCUGUAUUAGGACUAUAUCCAACCUUUUAAUGUAAAGGAUUGUCUAAAAAAAGUGAUAGCCAAGCUGCUCCAA